AUCUAAAAGAUAGAUAUGUAACGAGUAACUUUGCGCAUGCGCACAUCGAAAAUCUAAUACAGAGACGCGUUGCUAAUAUCGACACCAACACUUUGUUCGAGCAUAGUAUGCCGUCCAUAGUUUAUGACUACAUUGACACUGUGACUGACAUUAUGAGUUCGUCAAGAAAAGAUAUACAUUCAAAACCUACUGGAUCAUCGGUAUCUAAGAAACCUAAAGGCUGGUUACCAAAAAAAAAACCUUCUUCAUCCAAAUCGCAUGAUUUUCGAUGUCCAUACACUUUACGCAAGACUGGACAUUUUAAAUAUAAUAAUCAACUUUGGACUGUAGGUGAUAUUGCAUCUUUAGUGAACGAGGAAAUGACUAAAACCUGUUAUGCGCAAAUUAUUAAGCUACUCGAAAAUGAUUUAUGUGAAAAACGAGCAAUAAUCUUCUGGUUGGGACCUAAAGCUAACAUUGGAGUAACAGAUGAAUCAAAAAAAGUGCAUCAUGACACUUUUAAACCUACUGAAUUUGUACAUGUGCUUAUUGAUAAGAGAUUAAUACCUAUGGAGUGCUUAACUUUUGUUAUGAAUAUUCCAAACUUUUUUGAGUAUAGACUACAUGUUGGUAACGAUUACUUGACUGAUACGUAUAUUCUACCACAUUCUGAAAGAUAUGGAGACUCCUCGUCAGAAUCUGAUGGAGACGAAGAAAAAAGACCCAAAGGUAGAAUCACACGGCUACUUAACAACUAACAAGUGAAUAAAAUAACUACUAAUUAUUAUCAUUUUUAAUAUUUGUAAUUUUAAUUUUAGUAGAUAGAAUAAAAUGUUUUAUGUCUCUAAUAUCAACAAUACUAAAGGUACCUUUUUCAAGGUACUAUUUUAUAGUGUUUUAUAAGUUUUUUGUUUUCAAAUGUAAUUCGACUCUUUGAUUGUAUACAUUUCCACAACAAUAUAUUUUAUAAUUUAUUAAACAUUAACUAAUUUAAAAUCUAUUUUCAAUAUUCAGUACCUUUAUGUAUU